AUUCGAACUCUCUCUCUAAAAACUCCAUUUUCAAACCUUAUUUCUCCCAUAACUCAACCAAAACUCAACCAAAUUCCACCAAAUCACCACCAAAACACUCCCCUAACUCCCCUCUACAACCUCAUACCAAUCAAUCUCACCUUCUCUCCCUAUUCCCAAAACUCCGAAACCCUACCCCCAAAUCCCAAGUCCGAACCUAUACUCAAGAUUUACUCAAAAAUGGCACCAAAGAGGAACCAAUCGGAGGGCUCUAACUCAAGGGGACCUAUUCGAGGCUACGAGGAUGUUCAAUUUGGCCCGGGGGAUCAUCGGAAGCGAUUUGUGACCGCUCUCAAAAGGACACCAUCUCUUGAGGAAGAAGAAGAAGAAGGAGAGAAGACAAGAAAAAGAAGAAAUAGGAAGCAUAGAAGACCGUUAAACCCAAGGAAAUGUUGUUUUGUAACUUCAUUCACUAUACUUGGUGGUUUUAGUUUCUUAUUUCUUCCUCUCUAUGAACUCAUGAUCUUGUGAUAAACAUUGUAUAAACAUUUGGUUUUACUCGAGGUCGAGUAAAGGAACUAAGUGUGGGGGAGUUGACAUUCAUGUUAUUUCCGUAUUUAUAAUUGUGUUUUUGAUUAGUUUUGAGUGAUUGUUACUCUAGAAAUUACACACUUUUGGUGUAAAAGUUUAGUUUGUAAAAUAGUUUUAAAUUGUUUAGAUUAGGUUGAUUCUGAGCUCAAACAGGUCCAAGACCACUCUAGGGACCAUUGGUGAACAUCAC